ACAAACAACUAAUCAUCAAUGACGAUCGACUGGAUGUAUCAAUCCGUAGAGUCCACAACUCAACCAAAUGUCCAGUUCUAUACCAACAAAACUAUCCUCAUCACUGGUGCAACUGGAUUCCUCGGAAAGGCAGUCUUGUGGAAACUCAUGUACACAUAUGGCCAUGUUCUCGAUGCGAUCUACCUAUUCGUUAGACCAAAUGGAUCAGCAGGAAACCCACGAGGAGCAGACCAUCGCGUAUGGGCCGACAUUGUGAGCUCCAAGGCAUUUAAAGACAUGCCUGAAGACAAAAGGAAGAAGAUGAUUCCAAUGGCAUGCGAUCUCUCGGCUCCUGAUCUCGGCCUUUCAUUUGAUAAUAGAAACAGACUCAAAGAUACCCAAAUUGUUAUCCAUUGCGCUGGGUCUCCAGAAUAUGGGUGUACACUAGACUGGAGUAUUGAAAUUAAUGCAUUGGCAACUCUACGAUUGAUGGAUCUUGCGGAUGAAUGUCCAGCCAUGAGUGCCUUUAUCCACAUGUCCAAUAUCCAUCUUUACCAGGACCUGCCACCGGGAAAUAUCUAUGAGCAAGUUUACGAUCUCGGUCUAGGAGAUCCAGAGCAAGUGUUAAAAAAAUUAGUUACUAUGGACGAGCAAGAGAGCAAUGUCUUAUUGAAGAAAAUACUGCAGCAGUAUCCAACCACGCACAUGUUCACAAAGGCAUUGACCGAACACCUUAUCUUGCGUCGUGCCGAACUUAACCGAGAAGAAGAAAAGCAAGGAGGAAAAAAGCAGUGGCCAAUAGCUAUCAUUCGCGCCAGCUGGUUAGGUCCUAGCGCAUUUGAACCUUUUCCAGGAUGGACUAGCGGACUGACAGGUGUAAACUCAUGGAUUGCUCUUCACAGCUACGGAGUUCCUCUUGUUAAGGCAUCUCAAGGUGAUCGUUCCGCAGACAUAGUACCUGUAGACUAUGUGGUUAGAACCAUCCUAGGAACUCUUCCUCGUCUAGAUUUUCCAGGAACCGAGUUUGUCCUUCCGCUCGCCCAGCCUGUAGUUGCACCACCUGCCCGCCAAUCAAUCAUAAAGCUAGGAAGACGAUCCUUACUAUCAACUGCAGGUAGUCCAGUCGCAUUGCUAGAGAUGCCCAAGCCAAACCUCAAGACAUUUCCUAUUAUAUACCAGAUAUCUGCUACUAGCACAAUGCCUCCAAUGGACUGGUACAAGGUCUAUAAUACCUUCCAGCACUAUUGGCAACGUACGACCGGUACAGCCCUUUUACCUGCUGGCGAAUACUUUACCACAAACACUGCCUGGUCUACUGCCAAAUUCUUGGUCAGCUAUUAUCUUGGACCUUCACUCGGCAAAUUAAAAACAAAUGGAGCAGGAUCGCCUGGUAUUGGAGAAAGACAUCCUUCUGAAAGCCAGUGGGCAGAAUUGGCAACAAAGACGCGCCAUGUAAUUGAGCGAAGUCUCAAGUCAGAAUGGGUGCACGAUAGCACUGAACUUGAGAGAUUAGCUUUCAAGCUAAGGGAUGAUCCUUCUCUGGAUUUACGCUGCUUCCGAACGUUAGAUCAAUUGAACUAUCUUCUCCAGGCAUGUUAUGGUAUUCACUGUUCUCUAUUAUCUGGCCAAAAGCAAUUUGUAAUACGAACUCUGUGUCUUGCCGAUGGCUGGGAUUGUGCGCUUUAUACUACUACUGUGCGUGGUGUGAUUGACGAGAAGAUUUCAAGUGUGGUUUAUACUGAGCAAGAAAUCCGACAGAGAAUCCAACAAAUGAUUGAUACAGUUAUAUUGUCUUUGGAGGACGUGGCUGGCUAUCAACAGAAAGUCCAGCUCAAGGCAAAUUGGGUAGAGUGUUUGAACGACAGGCUAGAAGAUUGGUGCGGUCAAAAAGAAACUUUGUUAGAGUCACUAGCAAAAAGUGAUAAUGAUCCAUGGAUGGCACGGCGAAUAGAUACGACAGAAAUAAUCAAAGUAAUUGUAUUGAAUGAUCACCGGGUUGGUAAAGCAGUUCACCAGAUUGCUGAAAGAUCAGGUAUCAAGCCAGCAAAGGUUGUGGAUCAGUCUUUAAAGAUAUUGUCUCGGAUGAUGGAACGCACACAGCUAUCAUACGUCUGCUUUGCGGGAUCGUUUUUAAAGACCCUCUUUCAAACAAUGUUCAGUAGUAUACAAAUAAGAACAGAAGAUGUGGAGGAGAUCAAACGGCAGAUCGAUGGAAAACGUGUGGUUUAUGUUCCAGUGUCAAAAACUGUUCUGGAUCCUUUAAUCGUAUGGUAUCUUACUAUUCGUUAUGAAUUACCAGUUCCAGCGAUCAUGGUUGAUGAAGCGCUUGCUAUCCUGGGACCUGUUUCUGACCUACUUCGUCUCUCUGGAACUGUUUUUGUCAAACGAGAUCCUUCCGAAAGAACUAAUAUUGCCACUGCAGUUACAGCAGCUUACAGCCAAGUGCUUUUACGGGAACACAAUGCUCUCUUGCUUUCUUUGGAAAAAGUUCGUUCCAGAACAGGCCUUUGCCAGCAGCCUUUUGAAGAUGGCCUUCUUGAGAUGGCUAUUGAUACCGUAUUAGAAAUGAACCAAUCUUCUUCACCUAUUCACAAAACAGCCCAGUCUAUGGCAAUUAAGAACGAUAUUGCAUUUGUUCCCAUAAAUCUAUCUUAUGAAGUCAUCCCAGACAUUUCCCGAUUGAUCUCUCAGGAUCUUUACGGUCCUCUAGAACCAAAUAUAUCUUGUGACUUUAAGCCGUCUUCUGUUCGCUUGCCAAGUGAAGCAAAGGCAGCUCGAUCACUAAAAGAAGGAGAACCUGUCAAGGUUGAACGGGCAAAAGGUCGAAUCCUUGUUGGUAUUGGAAAGAUAUUGAAGUUGAAUGAAUAUUUGGACGAAAAAGACAGAAGAGAUUACGAACCUGCACAGGUGGCAAAGGAAGUUAGUGGAGCCAUAAGUCAACGGCAACAAGAGUGUUUGGUUAUCAGUCCGCUUUCUCUGGUGGCAGCCAUUCUUCUUCACAGCCGGACCGAAGGGAGUGUGGUAAAAUUAGACGAUGUCAAGCAAAGCUUAAUGUGGCUUCGUUCAGAGAUUCUUUCCCAUAAAUUUGCUCAUUUGGAUUGGAAAGAUACAGAGGAUCCGGAGACUGUCAUAUUUUACUCCAUACAGCUAUUAGAUCCUCAUCGCAAGAUCAUAUCUAUUGAGACAAGAGGAGAUGACGUAUAUUUCUCUAUAUCAAAUCGCGCAGACAAUAUUCUCCAGUUAGCCUAUCACACCAACCAAACGUAUGAUUAUAUAUCCGGAAUCUACAAAAGUCGGGACAUUAUAAAAGAGACCCGCCCAAAUUCCUGGACCCUUCAAGUCACGGCCAAAAACGAUCGUAUUCGCUAUGGUCAUCUUACUCUUAUGGCUUCUCUCGUCUACCCUGCUAUUGAUGCUAUCUGGGUUACCAUAUGUGGUUUAUCUGCUCUUGAAGACAUCGGAAAUCUUCCGAGUGCUCUGCUACCUUCUUUAUCCCAAUGCAUCGGUGCACACUUGAUCAGUGGUCGGCGCACAAUGUAUAAUGAGGUGCUUUCUACAGAAUAUAGUCGUCAAGCUCUUGAGGCCUUGGUGCGGACUGGACUUUUGGAACGUAAGCCGGCCAAGGAUGUUCUUUCACCGGAUGCCCAGAUGCUGCUACAAUCUCUUGGUCUGUCGACAACGGAUGAUGUGUACCAGCUCUCUCAGGAGAGUUUAUCUCAUAGCCCUAUACCUGAUCUUGUGCUUAGUCCAGCAGAUGGUAGUGCAGAGCAGAGCAAUAUUGAGUUCACGGGUAUGAAAAGAGAUCCUGUGGCUGCAUUGUGCUGCCGUGUGGAACAAGUGAGAAUAGAGAACGGAACUGGUCAUUCAGGCAAUGAUCAAGUUUAUUCAAAAUGUCAGUCACAGGUUCACCGAUGGAUGUCGCCUACACAGAACAGCUUUUCUGCAAAGCAAAAGGCAGCCGGAGUGAGCCCAGCAGAAGACAAAAUGAUCCAACUUGGCUAUUCUCUUACACAAACUAUUCCUGGAUAUCAACAUUGGGAAGAGACAUAAAGAUAUGCAUAGAGACAAAUUUUUUGUUUUUGUUUUUUAAUAGUAUUUGAUACAUAUACCACAU